AUGUGGAGUUGGUCUCAAGAACAUGCACUUGGCCAAGCUUUUCUCUUAUCACAUGGAAUCUACAAGGAGCUCACUUGCGAGUUCUUAGCUUCAAUGAGGUACCACAUGUAUGAAGAGGAAGAUAGAGCUGAUUUGGACCAAGGAUUGGGAUGGAUCACGUUCUUGGCUAAGGGAGAGAAGAGAAUGGUGACCUUUAGGCAGCUUGGAAAUCUUGUUUGGGUUCAACUAUGGAGAGGGUCCAAGGCAGCUCAGAUCAGGAGCCCAGUCUUGAGGUAUGUGCACAAGGCACUUGCCAACACCUUCUUUGCAAGGAAGGCGACCGGGACAUCAACGAGGGGGAACUCAAGUUUCUUGACAUGGGAAUCAAGCCCAUUCUCUCACGCACAAGCGAUGGCAAGAGGAUCAAGGGGAGAUAGAUCUGACACAGGGAACUUGAUGCCUUUCCUUGACCACUCCUUACCUACAAGAUCACAGCCUACAACACUAGACAUCAAAAGGAAGGCGCUAAGUGUUGGAGGGCUCAUCACACCUAUCUUGUGUGCUGCUGGAGUGAACCCAACUGAUAGAGAGCCACUGAACCAGUUGGGCAUGAGGAUGAUUUGCGAGAAGAGGAGCCUGAGCUCGAUCGAGCUGAGUCGAGCUGAGGAUCGAGCUGAGGAUCGAGCUGAAGAUCAGGUCCAGGAAGUGCGGAUUUGGGUGAGCCUGAGUGCUAUUACUUUGAGGAGUAUGAGGCUCCAAGGAUGA